UCCCCGGCCGGUUUGAGGGGUGCGUUGCCCGGAGACGGAAAGUUUGGGAGCCGGAGCGGGCUGCGCGCGGCCCCGGGUGGGGGGUCCGAGGGGUGGCGGUCCCGGGGAUGGGGAAGGAGCAGGAGCUGCUGGAGGCGGCCCGCACCGGGCACCUCCCGGCCGUGGAGAAGCUGCUGUCCGGGAAGCGGCUCUCCUCCGGCUUCGGCGGCGGCGGCGGCGGCCCCGGCGGCGGCUCCGGGGGCGGCGGCCUGGGGUCCUCCAGCCACCCGCUCUCCAGCCUGCUGAGCAUGUGGAGAGGGCCGAACGUGAACUGCGUGGAUAGUACCGGCUACACUCCACUCCACCACGCUGCUUUGAAUGGCCACAGGGAUGUGGUUGAGGUUCUUCUGAGGAACGAUGCGCUGACCAAUGUUGCUGACUCGAAAGGCUGCUACCCACUGCACUUGGCCGCGUGGAAGGGAGACGCCCAGAUAGUGCGCCUGCUCAUCCGCCAGGGGCCCUCGCACACCAGAGUCAACGAACAGAAUGCUCUUGAGAUCAAAGACCUCAAAAAGUACGGCCCCUUUGACCCUUAUAUCAAUGCCAAGAACAACGACAACGAGACCGCCCUGCACUGCGCGGCACAGUACGGACACACGGAGGUGGUGAAGGCUCUCUUGGAGGAGCUCACGGACCCCACCAUGCGCAACAACAAAUUCGAAACGCCCCUGGACUUGGCAGCGCUGUACGGGCGGCUGGAGGUGGUGAAGCUGCUGCUGAGCGCGCACCCCAACCUCCUGAGCUGCAGCACCAGGAAGCACACGCCCCUGCACCUGGCAGCAAGGAACGGCCACAAGGCCGUGGUGCAGGUCCUGCUGGACGCCGGCAUGGACAGCAACUACCAGACGGAGAUGGGCAGUGCUUUGCAUGAGGCUGCUUUGUUUGGCAAGACCGAUGUGGUGCAAAUCCUGCUGGCUGCAGGAAUCGAUGUGAACAUAAAGGACAACCGUGGACUGACUGCCCUGGACACCGUCCGGGACCUGCCUUCUCAGAAGAGCCAGCAGAUAGCCGCGCUCAUAGAAGAUCACAUGACCGGAAAAAGGAGUGUGAAAGAAGUAGACAAGACCUCCACAGCCCAGCCACCUCUCCUCUCCGGCACAGACGCCCCAGCACCGAAGUCUCAGGGGAAUGUGGAGAAAGCAGUGACCGAGCUGCUCGUGGACUUUGACACACAUGCUGAGGAGGAGGGUCCCUACGAGGCGCUAUACAAUGCUGUGUCCUGCCAUUCCUUGGACAGCACGGCCAGUGGGCGAUCAUCUGACCGAGACUCCACAAACAAGGAGGCCGAGGCCACGGGAACAAGGACUGCUGGAGUGAGGCCUAGGGAACGUCCGCCGCCUCCUGCAAAGCCACCACCUGAUGAAGAGGAGGAGGAGCGAGUAGAUAAGAAGUACUUGACCGCCUCUGAGGGCCUGGCUGUGAGACCCAGGAUUCAGAGCAGCGCACCCCCCGAAGAGGAGGAGCACCCAUACGAGCUGCUGCUUACAGCAGAGACCAAGAAGCUGGGGAGCACGGACGGAAGGACUAAAGACCACAGGCAGAGCGGCAGCCGGAGCCAGGACUCUGCGGAGGGGCAGGACGGGCAGGUCCCGGAGCAGUUCUCCGGUCUCCUUCACGGCUCCUCCCCAGUGUGUGAGGUGGGGCAGGACCCGUUCCAGCUGCUAAGUGCCCCCAGCCAGAACCACCCCGAGUGCCCCCAGCAGGACACCUGCCACGAGGCCAGCAUGCAGCUAGAGGAGCUGGCCGUGCAAGGCGCUGGAACUCCGCAGCCGGGCGCCCUGGACCAAAGCGAGAGAGUGGGCUUGCCGGCAGGCCUACCCGCCCCGGCCAGCAGAGCACACUUGGCCGCGUUGACUCACACACUCCCUCUGCACCCCGCCGCCGCCGAGGAAGAAGAAGACAGGAGCGGGGCCAGAAGCCGAGCCCCUCCCACCAGCAAGCCCAAAGCUGAGCUCAAGCUCAGCCGCAGUCUGUCUAAGUCUGACUCUGACCUCUUGACCUGCUCCCCCACGGACGACACCACGAUGGGGAGUCGCAGCGAGUCCCUGUCCAACUGCAGCCUCGGGAAGAAAAGGCUCGAGAAGUCGCCUUCCUUUGCCUCGGAGUGGGAUGAGAUUGAGAAAAUCAUGAGCUCGAUCGGAGAAGGGAUUGACUUUUCUCAGGAACAGCACAAGCUCUCAGGUUCUCGAACGCUGGAGCAGAGCGUCGGGGAGUGGCUGGAGUCCAUUGGCCUGCAGCAGUAUGAGAGCAAGUUGCUGCUGAAUGGCUUUGAUGAUGUCCGCUUCCUGGGGUCUAAUGUGAUGGAAGAGCAGGACCUGAGGGAGAUUGGCAUCAGUGACCCACAGCACCGGAGGAAGCUGCUCCAGGCUGCGCGCUCCCUGCCCAAGGUGAAGGCUCUUGGCUAUGACGGGCUCAGCCCGCCCUCGGUGGCGUCCUGGCUGGACUCUCUGGGCCUGCAGGACUACGUGCACUCCUUCCUGUCCAGUGGCUACAGCUCCAUCGACACUGUGAAGAACCUCUGGGAGCUGGAGCUUGUCAACGUCCUGAAGGUUCACCUCCUGGGCCACCGCAAGCGCAUCAUCGCCUCCCUUGCAGACAGGCCCUAUGAGGAGCCACCCCAGAAGCCCCCACGGUUCUCCCAGCUAAGAUCUCUUGCCCAACAGUGCCAGGAUUUAAUCUCCCAGACAUCAUCCCCGCUGAGCCAGAAUGAUUCCUGUACAGGGCGGUCGGCAGACCUGCUGCUGCCCUCGGCAGACACAGGCAGGAGGCGUCAUGACAGCCUGCACGACCCUGGGGCAGCUUCUCGAGCAGAGCGCUUCAGAGCCCAGGAGGAGCCCAGCGAGACCAAGCUGACCCUCCGUCCGCCCAGCCUGGCUGCCCCCUAUGCCCCUGUGCAGAGUUGGCAGCACCAGCCAGAAAAGCUCAUCUUUGAAUCCUGUGGCUAUGAGGCCAAUUAUCUGGGCUCCAUGCUGAUCAGAGAUCUGCGAGGGACAGAAUCCACCCAAGAUGCCUGUGCCAAAAUGCGGAAGUCUACAGAGCACAUGAAGAAGGUCCCCACCAUCAUCCUGUCCAUCACCUACAAAGGCGUCAAGUUCAUCGACGCCUCCAACAAGAACGUCAUUGCUGAGCAUGAGAUCCGGAACAUCUCCUGCGCCGCGCAGGACCCGGAGGACCUGUGCACCUUUGCCUACAUCACCAAGGACCUGCAGACCAGCCACCACUACUGCCACGUCUUCAGCACCGUGGAUGUGAACCUGACCUACGAGAUCAUCCUGACCCUGGGGCAGGCGUUCGAGGUGGCCUACCAGCUGGCCCUCCAGGCCCAGAAAUCCAGAACCAUGGCGGCCUCUGCAGCCUCCAUGAUUGACACAAAAGCUUCCAAACCGGUGCCUAAGCCUCGGGUCGGCACGAGGAAGUCCACGGUGCCGCUGCCCCCCGACACUCGCUGUUGUCACUGUCACGCCCGCACCACCCACCGCCCUUCCUACCUACCGCUGCCGUCUGUUAGUCCUGGAGUCAAGCAGCUGGAACCACCGGAUACGGACCUGGAGGCCCCAUCCCACGCCAGUGUUUCCUGGAUUGUGGACCCAAAGCCAGACUCCAAACGGAGCCUCAGCACCAAGUAUGAGACCACUAUCUUCUAAACAGCCACCCCGCCUCCACUACCCCCACUGUGCCUUUGCCACUCGAGCGAGCGCUCUGCUGUCUCAACUCUCCUCCCGGCUGCAGCCGCCAAGGCCCCACCUCCAUGGGACCCGCCUCCUGGCAGCAGCUCCUGCUUUACCACCCAACACUGUGAACCCUCCCCUUCGGCUGAGGACAGCCGGGGGUGAGGGCUUGCCUUUGAAGGGGGCCUCAUAGGCACCAGAGGGACUCUGAGGCUCCCAGAGCCUCUGUACCAGGCACUGUGAGGGCAGGGGCGGGUACCUCCAGCGGCAGCUCCCUCCGAGGUUGCUCUCCUCUCCUGUCCUGACCCAACCACCACUGUGAUCGCCCCGUGCCAGGAUGCCCUGUGCACAGCUGCUCUCCGGGGCUGGUUUCUUUCCUGGUCAGAUCCAGUGAUCUGGCUUCACCAGGGACAGACUUUCUGUAAGGGCAGAGCUUGGUACCAGCUAUACCCCUGAGCACAUGUCGGCCCUGAUAGCAGGAGCUGUGACCCUGCUCCUGAGGGUCCUGUGUGUGCGUGGCCCCUUCCUGUGGGCCUGGUUCUGGAGUCCAGCUCACUGAGGUGUGCGCGCCGCCUUCCUUCUCAGAGCGGAGCCGCCCUCGGACAGGGCAGAGACUGGGCCGCCCGUGUGGCUUCUGGAGUGCUCUCGUGCUUCCUCUGGUGGUGGGGACCUGAGACAGCCAUGGUCCAGGCAUCCCUCGCCGCCCAGCAGCUAGCCCCCUGGAGCCGAGUCUCAGAGGAAAUCCACGUGUCCUGGUGUGAGGAGAGGGGUGUAGACGGCAGGAGACAGAAGCAGUGGGCCCCGAGGCCCUGGCGCAGACAGCAUAGUACAGCGGCAGAGCCCCAAGUCGGGCAGCGCCUCAGCUGCCCGCCAGGGCCGACCCCUCAGCUGCCGGCCUUUCCUUGUGCCUUCCUGAGUAGAUGGGCCGGGAGUAGCAUGGGCUGUAGGCUGCAGAGGCUCAGGGGAGGCAGGGACCUCUGUUCUGCCCUCUGUGUCCUCUCCGUUUCCCCCACCUUGCGCAGGGCCCUUGGUUAACUCUUUCCUCCCCCAUGUUUGCUUCUGCCAAGCUGAGCCACUGAGGAGCCACACUGUGCUGCGGAAACAUAGAAGGGGGAGCACAGGCUCCCGGCCCAGCACCGACAGCCUCACCUGCAGCUCUGAAGACCCAGGCCCAGCCCCGCCAUAGAAGCUCCUUUCAGCCGCUUGGCCAGGGCCUGCCACCGCCCGCAGAACAAACCCUGCCCUGGAGGCGGCGACGCCAGGCAUCUAGCCGAGGAGACCGAAACCCUGGACGGCCCAAGAAGUGGCCGGUCCAGGACACGCGUUUUUAAUAGGAAAAAUAACCUUUUUUAUAAAUUUUUAACACCCGGCUCCAGCCACUUGGUAAAGCUGCCAAUGUUUAAACAAGACGGGAACUGAGACUGGCCCUCAGGUAGCCUCUGCCUUCAGAACAGGCCCUCAGCCUGGCCAGAGACAAGAGGACGCAGCCUGUGGGUGGCUUAGGACAGAGUCGAGGCUUCAUAGUCUGCUGAGGUAGUGAUGUUUGGGCCAAAGCAGAAGUUUCUGGGAUUCCAAACGGGGAUGAGCAAGUAGUUUCUGGUGCGGGAAGCUCCUUGGUACUCACCUGUCUCUGUGCUGCCAACAAGCUGGCCCAGCCCGUCAGCAGGGAGGAGUGGCUUUGUUUGGGGGCAUUAAUGGGAAUGUCAGUGAAGAGUGCAGCUUUCCAGAUUGGGACUUGAUCUGGCCUCGCUCUGGUUCUCUUUGACUGUUGUAUCCUCCAUUGCUGACGGGACACAUCUGUUCCAGAUGUGGAAGAGGCUAGUCAGGCAGCAACCUUGCUUCCCCACUGUGGUAUGAGGACAGGCUGGUCCUCCUUAGCUCCUCUGCUGUGCUUUUUCAAGUGACUUGGGUGGUGGCAUCCUCCUGGGCUUAAGGGACAAUGAAGGGCGGACUGCUGGGGGACGGGGGACCAAGGCCAGCCAGCCAUUCACCAGCCUUUCCAGAAUAGGGAACAAAAAGAGAAGCACUCGCCCGUGGGUACGUUGGCAGGCUUCAGGCUUUCACUCUGGACCUGGGACAGGUGGCCAGGCCUGAGCAGAGGCUGUGAGCUGCCGUUCUGGGCACCUCCACCCUGCGGCUGCCUAGAGUGGAAGGCAGGGGUCACCUCCGCUAGACCUGCGGGCUUCCUGCCUGCUGAAGUGCCGGGUCAGCUCCUCCCCGAGAUGGAGCCGGGGUGUCUCACUGCUAGUACCUAGGUACCGGCGAUGGGUAGUGCUUCCUUUCCUGCCUCGUGGCCCAGCUCCCGCCUCUCACGGAUCCAGAGAGACCCUCGGUUCCUAGGUCAGAGGUGAGCUCAGGGCUCUGCGGCGGGCACAAAGCCUAGGGGAACCGUGUAGACACUACGAUGAGCUGACGCUGCAUUUGCUCUAAAAUCACAGGCAGGCGCUUCCCCUUGACGCUGCUAUGUCUUAUUUAUUCAGGGUGAUUUCUAGCAAAGAGUCUUGGCUUGUCUGCUCUGGGUCUCUUUCAAGAUUGGCUUCUGAAUUUUCAAGGAAUUCCUCUCCUCCUCUUCCUCUCUUCCUCCUCCUCCGGUGGGCCUCUCCCUUUCAGGACAGGUGCCAAGUGGAAGGGUCUUGCCUUUGGCGCUUGUGUGAAUGUUGACCUGUGACAACCAAGGCUGUGCCUGAACUGUGAAGGAGCCAUUCCGAUGGGAGUGUUAAGAUGUGCCCGGUGCCCUCACCCCAGUGGCCGCAGGCUCCCAGCCCUGAGCAGGAGGCCCACUCCUGCAGGCCUAUGUCCCAGCAGGGUCCUUCGGCCUCUGCCUCGGAGGUUGCUGUCGGGGAGUUCUUGUGAAGCCUCGGGCUUGAGUACUCACAACUCGAGCAAUCAAGACGUUUCACAGCUUGUGAGGCGGCCAGACCUGCACUGCAGGUCACGGCGGACAGUGGGACUGGAUUCUAAGAAAAAUGUUAUUUAAUCUUUGUUUCCAUAUUUUGAUACUUGAAUGACUUCCCCUUUUGUUUUACUGUACAUAAAAUUGUUAAUCUGUCUGAUUUUGUUUGAAUUAUAAACACCUUGUGGCACCAAACGUGACAAGCUGCGCAGCAGCGCAGGCGGACCUCUGCAGAGCGGGCAUCCGGCGCCCAGCUUCGUGUGCAGCCUAGGACAGACUAAGCUAAUAAAGGAGAGCGGUGGAGACCAGC